AUGGCAUCUCAAGUUAUGGAGAACAGCUUCACUAAAAACGAGAGGAGUGCUGACGGGAUCAGUGUCAGCAGAGAGAGGAGUGAAGAUGUGCCUCCUAACCUUUGGGACUCCUUAGAAUCGGAUACUGAAAGUAUGUUACAGGAAAAAUCGUAUCGGCGACAGCUUCAAAAGUGCAUUUCUGACGAAGCCGGUGACAAAAGUCCUUUUGGUGCAAAACCGCACAACGUUUAUGAGAAGGUGGACAGCGAGAGUAACCAGCAAGAAAACAUCUACAGCAGCUCUGAAUCGGAGCGCACACUUUCAGCUACACAAGCGGCCGUCACCGGGAGACGUGAAAUGCAAAGCAAAAACAACAAUUUAACAAGACAGAGCCCUCGUGGGGAUGAAUAUGCUGAUUUGCGUUAUGAUCCAGACUGGAGAAGGAAUUUGCCAGGGGCUCAGUUUCUAUGCAAGGACCAGAUGAGUCUUUCCCUGGACUCCUGCGCUGAGUCAGAAGACAUGACUGCAAGAGAGAGCUGUGAUGAUGUAGUGGUCAGUCAUCCUGUAGAAGUGGACAUAGUUCAGCCCAGGCCCUUUUCCUUUCACUUACACCCACAGCAGGGCCAGUUCAGUCAUGAAGACACAACACUGUCCCUUCCACAGAGUUUCUGUUCUUCUUCGGAGAGCACACAGCAUUUUAAUUUGGACAGAGCUGUGAAGGUUAGCUACAGUGACCACCAAAGUACAGCUGAAGUGUUGCCCUCUUCUUCUACACAACAGAGGCAGCAGAAGGAGAGUAACAAGCAGUAUAAUGGGGAGGAACGAAGCAUCAGUACUGACAAGCUCAACAGUGUAGCCACACACUCUCGAAAGGCUAGGCAAACCAGGCCGACGGUGGACAUAGUGGAGCGGAAUAAAGCCACCUUAGGUGUGAAGAGUCACCAACAAGGGUCCUACCUGAAGGCCUAUGACCAAAAAGGAUGGAGAACAGAAGAUGCACAUCAGCCCACAGAGCCCGCUGUGGAUACUGGAAACACUGACAUCCAGGGAAGCCCAGACAAUGCUCUGGAUCCAGAGCUCAUGUGGAUACAAAAAACUCAAAAACUGAAGAUCCACAAAGAGGGCUCAGACAGACCCAGGCCUAAGAUCCACAGGUCCGGACCUGGUGCUCACGUGCGUCAUCCUGUGGAGAGACGCACUUCAAGGAGAGGUCAGCAAGUACCGACUCCUGCCGAAAACCGUAUGCUCAUACCACCUGACCCAACCAGCAUCUCCGAUCUACCACGUCACCAGCCUUUCCCUGGAGCUCCAAAGGUCCACCUCAACAUCAAUGCCAAUGCCCUGGCCAAACCCGCAGAGCCUUUGCUCAGUGGUCAACUGCACGAGCAGGUCUUUUCAUUCGCCCCCCCUCACUUGACACAGUGGAGGAUCAGGCCUGAUGGAUAUACCUUACCUUCCAUAAAUCCUGCCAGUGAUGCUGUGGACCUGAUGGGCUCGGCCCCUCAGGUGUCCGUGUCUCGCACAAAACCUGGAAACCACCACAUGGACAGAAACCAUCUGCAGGGCACUGGCAGAAGGCUGGAUGAUGAACCUGGGCUAACUGAGGGCACAACAGUCAUUAAUAACAAUAGCAUCAGGGCUUCUCCAAAAUGGCCAGCAUUUGAAGAAACUUCUAACAUCAUUGCUCCUACAGUGAUGCUAUUCAAUGAAGAAAGUGGACUUUCUGAUUAUGUACUUACAAUGUACAAUGGAGCCUAUGCAGUGCUGCCCCCUAUAGGUGGGCCCACUGACAGUGAUAUGGUACCGUGCAAUGCAGGACCUGCACUAAAUACUAUACCAAGGAGCAACUCAGAGGGGUAUCUUGCACAGCUGGAAAAACAAAGACAGUUUAAGCCUCAAACAACUUAUAAGGUAUACACACUAAAAGACUAUAGGACCUUGAACCAGGAGGUGAAGCUGGGAGGUCUUGGUCCAUCCUAUACUGUCACUGAGGAGGUGGCCAAGAAAAUUAAACGACAGAAGCUGUAUUCAAAUGUGAUCCGCGAACAGAACAAGAAGAUAAGCACAAUUCCCUUUCUGCCAGACAGGAACCCAUUGGGCAGUGGGAACAAGGGUGACAUUCCCAGGAACAAGGCUUUGGAGUAUGCCAAAACCAUAAUGAAGCCCAAAGCCCCACAGCAAUGGAGGGAGAGGCCCCAAGAAAAGCAUGAGAAGGCAUUGGAGCACCCUGCGAUUCUCCAAUUAGGGUUGGAUCUUUCCCAGCUGGCCGCUCUGGACAUGCUGAGAAAACGCCACGAAGAGGAGAAACAGGCAGUGGCGCAUUUCACCAGCCAUCACACUAACUCAUCUGCACCAUCUGUUAACACCCACUGAACAAGUAGCCUACCACAAUACACUGUUAACACCUACUGGACAGGUAGCCUACCACAAUACACUGUUAACACCUACUGGACAGGUAGCCUACCACAAUACACUGUUAACACCUACUGGACAGGUAGCCUACCACAAUACACUGUUAACACCUACUGGACAGGUAGCCUACCACAAUACACUGUUAACACCUACUGGACAGGUAGCCUACCACAAUACACUGUUAACACCCACUGAACAAGUAGCCUACCACAAUACACUGUUAACACCUACUGAACAGGUAGCCUACCACAAUACACUGUUAACACCCACUGAACAAGUAGCCUACCACAAUACACUGUUAACACCUACUGAACAAGUAGCCUACCACAAUACACUGUUAACACCCACUGAACAAGUAGCCUACCACAAUACACUGUUAACACCUACUGGACAAGUAGCCUACCACAAUACACUGUUAACACCUACUGAACAAGUAGCCUACCACAAUACACUGUUAACACCCACUGAACAAGUAGCCUACCACAAUACACUGUUAACACCUACUGGACAAGUAGCCUACCACAAUACACUGUUAACACCCACUGAACAGGUAGCCUACCACAAUACACUGUUAACACCUACUGAACAAGUAGCCUACCACAAUACACUGUUAACACCUACUGGACAAGUAGCCUACCACAAUACACUGUUAACACCUACUGAACAGGUAGCCUACCACAAUACACUGUUAACACUUACUGAACAAGUAGCCUACCACAAUACACUGUUAACACCCACUGAACAGGUAGCCUACCACAAUACACUGUUAACACCUACUGAACAAGUAGCCUACCACAAUACACUGUUAACACCUACUGAACAGGUAGCCUACCAUAAUACACUGUAAACACCCACUGAACACCUAACACAACGCGGUGGAUAUCAUAAGUUUGGUUAGUUAAGUAUACCUGGAUGUAAAGUGGUCUUGUCUGUUACACUGAAUGCAUCAUGUGGCCUUUUUUCCCUUAAAAAUAGCAGAUUGCUUCACAUAAGCAGAUUGUAGGUUGGAUUUUUAACUAGGAUUUUAAUUUUGUUAGACUUGAAUAUACUGUCAAAAAUUUUUUUUUUUCCAAUUACGUUUUUUUUUGGACUGUCAAAUAAUUUGACAGCAUUGUGUGGAAUGUGGAAUGGUGUAAGUGACAAAAAUAUGCUCCUGGUGUGGUUGUAAAAGAUCAUCCAUUAGGAAUCAGGAGAAUAUUUAUUUCAAAGUGUAAUGUGUCCUUUUUAAAAAUAAUAAAUACAUAUAACUGGAUGUUUCUUAAAGAAUUACCAAGGCAGGUCUGUUUUUGCUGGGCACAGUAUCAUGCUGCUAUGUUUCUUUUUUC